GCAUAUUCCGCUUCGUCAAUAUUUCCUUGGCUCGCCCCACAUUUGAUACCACUGUCUCAGCUCCUCACAAGCAGUUCGUGGCAUAGUACAUCAUAUCAACGAGCGAACUUGGGAAAGGCAGCAAAUAGUGCUCCGAAAUUGCCACCAUAGAGAGCUCCUCUGAGACUCAAAAUGACCACAUCGUGGGAUAAGCUCGGCCUCUCUGGCUCCGUAGCCCUUGCAGACUUCGCAUCGGUCCACAAUAUUUCUUCUUCCCAACUCAAUUUCACUCAGGAAUGUUCCCAAACUGUUGCCUUCUUCACGAGUGCCCAAUAUUGUAGCCCAAAACAUAUGCGUCAAUGCGACCGCUACCCGACAAACAAAUGGUACGCCGUCAACUCUGCGCUUCCCGAAUCUGUUCGCAUGGAGCAAAGCAAGAAGACGUCUAACAUGAGCGAUCUGAGACUGUUCUGGACGUACGUUGAUGAAGAAGGCGUGCAACGCGUUGGAUGGGGAAUCGUCGGCUUGCACCACCACUGGUACGACGGAUUCACAAACAUUGCAUUGGAGAAUGGGAAAGAGACCAUAGACCAAAUGCUGGAGGCCAGCCUGUCUGAGUGUUUACCGCUGUACUGCCAGCAAGCUGGGUUUGUUGGCAAUCCGGAUAUCACGGGCAUUGGGGCGUUUAUUUCCUAUAUUGUCAUCGCAGCGCUCACAACGGUGGUCAACUUUAUAUGCAUGUACUUAACCUGGGCGAGCACCAAGCCAUUGGAUGAUCCGGAUGUAAAGUCAUCACGAGUGUGGACUGCCACCAUCUCCGCCUCCCUAUCUUUCUUGGACACCCUACUGUACGCAAACAUCAUGAUUUCCGUCGCAGGAUGCCUGUACCACAGCCUAGGGAAGAGCGUGUACGAGAAGAGCACGAGCAUGCUGGUGGCUGACCUCGCGGCCAGUGCAACGUUUAGCGCCUCGAUACUGUAUCGCUACAGUCACGAAGGUAUGCUCCUCCAGAUCGGACUGCAGACGUUGCCGACUUUGAUACGGUUCUUUUUGGUCUACAGUGGGAUAAACUACAUGGAGGCAACACCGCUCGCAGACAGCCUGUGCAUCGGCAGGCCGAAUUUCGCGUUGAGCCACUUGAAGACCUCGUUCCGCGUGCAAAUGGUGUUGGCAAUGUCGAUCCUCAUCAUAAGUGCACUCGCUUUUUUCGCACAUGUCCUGCGAUCGCCGCGUUCGUCCAACACAUCGAAGGGCGCUUCCCAGCUCAGGCAGUCCUGGGAAAGAUUUACAAUGUCUCAGACGUCAAGAGUUCUGUGGUUCCUAAUCUCCGUCAGCCUGAUGGGGUAUAUGUGGAUGUGUCUAGCGUUCAUUUCGCAGAUCCGAUCCAAAGCGCGAUACUGGUUUGCCAAAACUUACGAAGACAACGAGAUGGGAUACGGUCAGAUCAUUGCGAUGGGAUUCUGUGUGCAAACCGUCGUGACCUUCAUUUAUGAGUUGAUCGUUUUCAAGGUCCCUCUCAGAAGGACUUCUACCACGCAGCUCCUGGAACCGCGUCCAAGUCAGCCUUCGGCUGGCACGUCACCAUCGUCCACGACAGCUGCAGCUGGCACGACCACCCCGUCACAAUCGAACAAUGCUACAUCAAGCUCUUUGACGUUAACUUCUACAUCUGGGCCAAGCGGAACGUCAGUCUCAGGAACCCCCAGCGCUCCACCAUCGUCCGGGUCAAGUGCCAAACUGAUUCGCCGUAGCAGUUCGAAGAUGACCAACUCAUAGUAAUACACUGGCCUAUUCUUGAUGCCAGCGAGAAAAUUUCCUAAACCAAAUUUGAUUCUGCUCCAUAAUAACAGCUUUGUAGACACGCUUUUCGACAACUGAAGAGAAAAAUGCAUGCUAUGAUUGACCGCACCUUUGGUGUUUAAGUUGCUUCCGAAAACUUCGCACAAGAUCAACCAAAGACUCUCCAGUUGACUUGACCAAACUUAAAAGUAAUUUAAUCGAUGCUUUUGCUGCGUGGGAAGAUUGCGUGUGAUUUUUUCCCCCACAUUUUCUUUUACUUAAUUGGCUAUUGGAAGGGUUCGGCGAUAUGUAAUUCUAGAAGUUAUGCAGCCCUAAAGAUUGAUGUCUAUAGCACUAAACUGAUUUUGAAUACUUA